AUGGCUCGUAUUCACAUACCCAGUCGCGCGGAAAUGGCUGCCCCAUUCCAAUCCAAAGAGGCUUUCAAGGGUUGGAUCAAGGCUCCCGAGGCACCAGAAGGUCACACGCGGAUAGGUGACUCGCGAUGGUCGAACAAAGACCUCGAACCGACGCCGCCGGAACAGCGAACAUGGACCUGGUAUAACUUGCCUCUGUACUGGUUUUCCAACAUGUUCGGGACGACGGGGUGGAAUGUUGCAUCUUCUCUCGUGGCAGUGGGCUUGACAUGGCAACAAGCCUUCAUCUCCUGCAUCCUCGGCUCGAUCAUCUCCGCACUCAUCGUGACUGGGAUGGCGCGACCGGGCGCGAUGUAUCACCUUGGAUACCCCGUCCUUGCAAGAUCGGUGAUGGGCAUGUACGGCUCGUACUUCUUCGUGUUCAUUCGAGCAAUAGUCUGCAUCAUUUGGUACGGAAUCCAAACAUACUAUGGUGCAAACCUUCUGUCCGUGUGUUUCCGCUGCAUCUUUGGAAGCGGUUGGGAGAACCUCGCCAACAACCUUCCUGCGGGUGCCGACGUUACUUCGAAGCAGCUCUUAGCUUUCUUUAUCGUCUGGAUCGUUGAAUUCCCAUUCACUUGGGUUCACCCAGCCCACAUCCACUACAUCUUCACAAUCAAAGGCUUCAUCAUGCCCUUCGCAUGCUUCGGCCUCUUCGGUUGGUGUAUGGCCCACGGAACCGGAAUCUCCAACAUGAACGCUGCCUCUGAGGCCGGUAGCAGCGCGGCAUCUAGUGUGCCUCUUGGUUGGGCAAUUAUGAACGGUAUUAACGUUAUCAUGGGCUCCCUAUCUCCUAUGCUCGUUAACCAGCCCGAUCUUGCACGAUACUGUAAGAAACCUCGUGACGCGGGGUGGCUCCAGGGUGCCUGUGUUCUGUUCGCCCAGACUCUCGUCUUCUUCCUUGGCUUGGCUUCGACAACGUCUCUGCAGGGCGCAUGGGGAGAAGCGUACUGGAAUCUCUGGGACCUCUUGGACGCCAUCCUCGACCACUACUGGACACCCGCGGGGCGAUGCGGUGUUUUCUUUGUUGCUUUCAGCUUCAUCGUCAGUAUGUUUGCGACAAACUUCGGCGCCAACUCCAUUCCUUUCGGGGCGGAUAUGACCGGGCUUUUCCCCAAGUACUUGACCAUUCGACGAGGGCAGAUCGUCUGCGCUAUUCUGGGUAUUGUCGUACUCCCGUGGAAACUGAUUGCCAAUGCUUCAGCUUUCCUCUCGUUCCUGGGGAGUUACAACAUCUUCAUGGCGCCUCUCUGCGCUAUCAUCAUCUGCGACUACCUCAUUGCUCGCAAGGGUAAUGUCCAUGUUCCGUCACUCUAUGAUGGCUCUAAGACAGGCCUGUAUUGGUUCAAAUCUGGUGUCAACUGGGUUGGAGUCUUCGCCUGGAUCGGAGGCACGUCGAUGGGGCUGCCCGGUCUCGUCGGGCAGUACCAACCGGGAAGUGUCAGCCAGGCCGCGAAGAACAUGUACAAGAUGGGCUGGCCGUUGACAUUUGUCACCUCGGCCGUCCUCUACAUCGUUUUGAUAAAGAUUUUCAAGCCAAAGGUGUUCCCCGCGGGAUAUGAGAGUGCACCCAUGGAACGCGAGUGGCUUGCGAAAGAGGGUCGGGAUGGUUUUUUCGAAGGUGAAAGAGGCGAGAUCUAUGCCCCUCCAUCUCCGCAGAUUACGGAUGGUGAGGAGGUGCAGAUUGGCGAGAAGGGUCAGAAGGGGGAAGCAUGA